AUCUCAACGAUCUGGGUCGCUGGAACACCACGUGAAAGAUGCGCAGAUCUGCUGCUCGCUCCCGGGGCUGUGGAGUUGUUGCGCGUCGGUCGCGAGUGUUGCUUCGUGCGUAUGGAGGAGGCGGAAGAAUUGCGUGCUCUACGGCAGGAGCCGUCGGGCAGAAGGAUCACCAUUGGCCGGGAAGAUCCGAACGAUCGGAAGGAUGACAGUCACACAACGACGACGAGCAAGCGCUGGGGAACGUUGCUGGAGGGCUUGAACCCCAAAAGACGCCUGCCAAUCCUGACCUGGAUCCGGAAGUACGAUGGGGCGGACGCACUGUCCGAUCUGAUUGCCGGUGUGACGCUCGGGCUGACGAUGAUCCCGCAGAGCAUUGCGUACGCCACAAUCGCCGGCCUGCCGUCCCAGUACGGGCUGUACGCGGCCUUCAUGGGAUCGCUCGUGUACGUGUUCUGCGGCACGGUGCGCGAGGUGUCGAUCGGCCCGACCAGCCUGAUGUCGCUGUUGACGCUGGAGUAUACGGCCGGCCGACCGGUCCAGUACGUGAUCGUGCUGGCGUUCGCGGCCGGUCUGGUCGAGCUGGCGAUGGGCGCCUUUCGGCUCGGAUUUCUCGUCUGCUUCAUCUCGGUACCGGUCACGUCCGCGUUCACGUCGGCCACCGCCCUCAUCAUCAUCGGCGCCCAGCUCGGCAAUCUGCUCGGGCUGCCUCGGACCGUGGACGGUGGCUUCUUCGCGACCGUCUGGAGUGUGCUGUCCCGGCUGGCGGACAGUGCCACCGGCGACACGCUGCUCGGGAUUGGGUGCAUGGUGCUGCUGCUCGCCUUGCAGUAUCUGCCCCGCCUGGUGCCGGCCACUCGCAGCAGACCCGUCCACCGCGCCCUCUGGUACGUAUCGCUCUCCCGGAAUGCGCUGGUCGUGCUGCUGUCGGCGCUACUCGCCCACCAUCUUGUUACCAGCAACACGGACGGCGGCAAAGCGACCGCUCCCUUCCGCCUGUCCGGCAGGAUAGAGCCCGGUAUCCCCGCCUUCGAGUGGCCGGUCCGUGACGUCACCGUGAACGGUACGACCGUCACCUUUCCGCAGAUGCUGGGCGAGCUCGGCAGUGGACUGGUGCUGGUGCCGCUCGUAGCCGUCCUCGCGAACGUUGCCAUCGCGAAAGCAUUCGCGUCCGAUGGAGUGGUCGACGCCACGCAGGAACUGUUCGCUCUCGGGCUGUGCAAUGUGAUCGGUUCGUGCUUUCGGGCCAUGCCGACCACCGGUGCGUUCACCCGGUCCGCUGUCAGCCAUGCCAGCGGCGUCCGCACCCCUCUCGCCGGCCUCUAUUCCGCCCUGCUCACCCUGCUCGCGCUCGGCGUACUGACGCCCUACUUCUACUACAUACCGCGGGCCACCCUGGCUGCCGUGCUGAUCGCCGCCGUCGCCUCCAUGCUCGAUAUGGGCAUCGUUCGCCGGCUGGCCCGGCCGCCCGCCCUCCGCACCGAUUUGCUUGCCUGGACGGUGUGCUUUGCGGUUUGUCUGGUACAGGGCGUCGAGGUUGGUCUGCUGUGCGGUAUGGCGGUCAGUCUGCUCGAACCGCUCCGCCACUGGGUGGGCGGGAGUGUGUCCACCAGUGGCAUGACCCUGGCCGACAGCGCCACCGUCCACCGUUGCAUCCGGCCCGAGGUUGGGCUGCUAUAUACGGGCGUGGAUCGGUUGCGUACGGCCGUGCUGGCCGAGGCACGUCGCCAACCGUCGCUACCACUCGUGCUCGACUGCGAGCGGCUGGUGGUGCUCGACUACAGUGCGGCACGUGCGCUGCGCGAGCUGGCGGACGAGGUGGCUCGAUACGGGGCGGGUCCGCUGGUACUGGUCAACGUACGAUCCGGCUGGUGCCGUGCGCUGGAGCUGCAUCAAACCGACGAGGGAUAUGUGUUUAAGCGCCCCGAGCCAGCGUCUAACGGGUGACCAACCUCAACCGCUUGAAGGUAUCCUUCAUCCCUCCUUCAUCGCAUUAAAUGGAGUUUUUGUUCCAAAGAGGAUCUGAGCUGUAGUCGUUCGCGAUGUUCAAUUCUUUUGUGUUCAAAAUUAAAUGUACGAGCUUUUGCUGCUUUUUAUCUAAACAAUCGUGUUAUUUUAUAAAGAAUAAAAAUUGGUCUUUGCUCCGCUGUAAAAUUCAA